AUGUCCCCACCUGAUAUACUUCUCAUACAGGGGAUGUUCCCAUUCAAUGCAGAUACCGUUCACAGCCCCAAUGAUACCUACUGUCUGUCCAUUGCGGCUGCUCUCGAGGAGCUGGUAAAUUGCGACCGACUUCUGCUCUACGACUCGCUUCAGCGGAUCUCGACGCCGUCUGAGGAGGGCUUGGUGCUGGUGCUGCCGGGGUUGGAACUAAAGCAUGCCAAAGCGAAUGACUUGGCUGUUGAGUUGGCUUUCAGGACUUAUUCGUUUUGUUUACGGUUUCCGGCGCUGCUGCCAGUCAACCCACCGAUGCCUCAAGACAACUAUCUCCAGUUCUUCUACUCCUGCAAAUUGCUCCAUCGCCAGAUCCUCCCUUUCAUCCAUGAGCGCAAGGCAUCCUACGGCAACACCACCACCACCCCCCCAACUCUAGUAUCCGAGCAUCACCAGAACAAGAAGAAGAAGAAAAGGGCCAUCAUCGAGUUCUCGUUCCCAAGCAUUCCCAAGGAGUUCCACGCGGGCCACCUCCGCAGCACCAUCCUCGGCGCCCUCAUCGCCAACCUGUACGAGAGCCGGGGGUGGGACGUCGUCCGGCUGAACUACCUCGGCGAUUCGGGCAAGCGGUUCGGCCGCUGGUGGUGGGCGCAGCCGCUCAAGCACCUGCUCAAUGUGUACGUCAAGAUCAAUGCCGAUUUCAAGCCUGAGGAGCCUGAGAGUAAGAAGGCGAGGGAUGAGGGACGGGAUACAGCGGAAAUUCAGUCGCGCGGGUUGGGAGAUGCGGAGGCGCUGGCGCUGUGGAAGCGAUUUCGCGAUAUCAGUAUCGAACGGUAUGUCGAUAUUUAUGCUCGGUUGGGGAUCCACUUUCAUGGGUAUGCCGGGGAAUCGCAAGUCAACCCGGCUACGGUGGCGGAGGUCGAGGCAAUCUUGAAAGCAAAGGGGGUCUACGAAGAGGACCAAGGGUUGUGGCUGAUCGACUUUGCAAAACACGGCGCGAAGCACUUCGGGACAGCCAUCGUGCGAGGCCGGACAGGCACAACAACAUAUCUCCUACGGGACGUCGCCUCCAUCCUGUGCCGAGCAAGGCAAUACUCCUUCGACGAGAUGCUCUACAUUGUCUCGUCUGAAGAAGACGCCUACUUCCAGCGCGUCUUCAAUACAGUCGACCUCCUCAACCAUCCCGACCAUCCCACCCUCGCAACCAAGUGUAAACACGUCAACUUCGGCAAGGUCAUGGGCAUGUCCACGCGCCUAAGCAAGGUAGAACUGCUCAGCGACAUACUAGACCGGUGCGCGGGCGCGAUGCACGACGUGAUGCGCGUCAACGCCGCCAAGUACGCCCAGCAUGGUCCAGGACAUGUCGCACAAGCGCAUCAACAACUACCCCCCUUCGACAUGGCCCGCAUGACGUCCUCUAAGGGCGACACGGAGCCGUAUCUGCAGUACUGCCACGCGCGGCUGUCGUCGGUUUUGAGGAACGCGAGGGGUGGUGCGGGCGGCGUUGAUAUUACUCAGGCUGCUGCCGGUUCUGAUAUGAUUGUCAUGGAGGAGCUUGACUAUUCGUACCUUGAGGACGAGCACUCGGCGGCCUUGUUCCGGACUACGGCGCAGUACCCUGACCCGUCGACCGUCUUGACGUAUCUGUUUCGUCUGGCUCACCAGCUCUCGUCGAGCUAUGACGUGCUGCAGGUGGUUGGGGCACCGAGGAAGGCCUAGUGCGGCACUCGCUCGGGCGGUGUUGUAUGAGAAUGCACGACAGGUGUUGGGGAAUGGAAUGCGGCAGCUUAGUAUCAAACCUGUG